CAACCCAAAGAACUUCGAAGUCGGGAGCCACACAAACAAUAUCCUUAUUUCUAAUACAGUACGUACGACAGUUAAGAUCAGUACUACUGCUCGAUCAUGGCAUCAUAUCUCUCUUCUACUACAAGAAUUCCCUGCUUCUCCUCCUCCAUCUCUCGUGGCACUACUCCUUCAACCUCGGUACCGUUAAUCCGCCUAAGCAUUCAGACUAGAAUUCCAACAUGUACGGUUACAGUGAAAUGUGAAUCGAAAGAGCCUCCAGCUGAGAUAGGGUUACCUGCGGCAAAGAGUUCAAACUCAAAGCUUGAGAUAGGGUCCCCCGUUAUUGUCAUCGAGGCUCCCCAAAUGAUAAAGACCGCAGCAUCAGUUCCAUGCCUUAGAGUGAAUUCUGGGUUAGUCAAGCCUGGAGAUGUGGGAAGAAUUGUGUCGAGAAAGCCCAAGGAUGUAUGGGCAGUUCGUCUUGCCAUUGGUACCUAUCUCAUAGAUGGGAAAUAUUUCAAGCCUUUGGAGCUUGGUGAUAAAUGAUUCGAUCGGGAGGCUGUAUAUGGAGCUUUAAUGGAGGGAGGACCAUACACUAUCUUCUUCAAAGCUUUACUAUAAGAAAAAUAUUUAUUUGUGAUCAAUUAUUUCUUGAAAAAUAAUUUUUUUUUUUUUUAAAUGAAUCUGUCUUCUUUACAAAUUGUAUCAUCGUUGCAAAUAAUCUAUCACAAAUACUCGUUUUUCUUCUAGCGUAUAAGCUGUGAGAUUUGAGAUUUCUCAAAGACUGCAUUUGGAAGUACUUUUGUAUGUAUUGUUUUCUUUAAGGCAACUUACAUAAUUUGUAGUAUUUGCAAACAAAUGGAGAUCUACUUCUUACUCUCCACAAGCAGAAAAAGUUGGUUACUUUUCCAAGUAA